CAAAAUAAACAAUUGUGGGCGGGGGUGGGAAAGAGUACCGGAAGAGUAUUUGCGAUUAUAAAUUGAAACAAAGGCAGUUUUUGCAGCUGCCAGCUGAAUAAAAUUUCAAAAUGCGAGCUGGAGCUUGCUCAUGGAUGUGGCUCCUAUCGAGCCUUGUCCUUCGCCUGGUGGUCGCUGGCCACGGAGAAAACAACAAACACGAUAAAACGGAGCAGCACACAGUGUUUUUGCACGACAAUUGGACUACGCCAGUCCCAACUACAGGACUGCUGUAUCCACGCGAAUCGGAGACGCGGGAUGUGCGCAGCCUGGACGGGAUGUGGCGCCUGCUUAUGAGCCAACCGAGUGACCCUCUCCAGGGUGUUCGAGAGAAGUGGUACGAGGACAGUCUGCAGAAGACUGGCCUGGAGAUCAUUCCGAUGCCAGUCCCGGCCUCCUACAACGACAUAACCACGGACAACCUGCGCGACCACGUCGGCACCGUCUGGUACGAGCGAACCUUCUUCGUGCCCCGCGACUGGACGGAAAAUCGACGCACCUGGCUGCGUUUCGGCAGCGUCCACUAUGCGGCGGUCGUGUGGAUCAACGGGCGCAAUGCCAUGCGCCACAGCAUCGGGCAUCUGCCCUUUGAGGCGGAGAUCAGCAACCUUCUGAACUUUGGCGGCGAGAACCGGAUCACGGUCAUGUGCGACAACCGCCUGACCAAUCGCAGCGUUCCACAGGGGCAGGUAACCACCGUCAAUACGGACAACGGCCAGACACCUAUCCAGAGCUACACCUUCGACUUCUUUAACUACGCUGGUAUCCACCGCUCCGUCCAGCUUUACACCACGCCACUCGUCCACAUUAGCGAUAUCGCGAUCAGCACGCAGCUAUCCUCCGAUCAAGUGGGACGCAUUGACUACCGCAUCUGGUUACAUGGCGCCACGGAAGAUUCCACAAUGCAGCCAACGCAUGUUCUCGUUCAGCUGCGGGACAGGGAUGGAGUCGUAGCGGCUCAGCAGGUCAACCGCGCUCUCUACAAUGGAACUCUCCUGGUACCGGGUGCGAAACCGUGGUGGCCGUACUUGAUGCACCCGGAACCAGGACAUCUCUACAGCCUGGAGUUCGAACUAUUCAUGUCCAGCUACGAGGGCGAUGAUGGGGAAGAGCUCCUAGAUGCCUACAGACUGCCCGUGGGUAUCCGCACCCUUAGCUGGACGAACACGAGCCUGCUCCUAAAUGGGAAACCUCUCUACCUUCGAGGAUUUGGCCGGCACGAGGAUUCCGAUAUUCGGGGCAAGGGCCUGGACAAUGCACUUCUCGCCCGCGACUUUAACUUGAUAAAGUGGAUCGGGGCCAACGCGUACCGCACCUCGCACUACCCGUACUCUGAAGAGUCAAUGCAGUUCGCGGACGAGCACGGAAUCAUGAUUGUCGACGAAUGUUCCGCUGUCAACAUAGACAUCUUUGAGCCAGAACUGCUGAGCAACCACAUGACUGCGCUGGAGCAGCUCAUCCACAGGGAUCGCAACCACGCUAGUGUCAUCGCCUGGUCGGUGGCCAACGAGCCGCGCUCCUUCAAGAUGGGGGCCCUCAGCUACUUUCAGGCCCUGGUAAAUUACACGAGGAGCAUAGCCCAGGGGCGGCCUCUAACGGCAGCCAUCAAUGCCAGCCCCGAUCCGCCCAAACAGUGCCACCUGGCCGCAUUGCUCGACAUCGUCGGCUUCAACCGAUACAACGCAUGGUACCAGAACUCUGGACGCACGGACAUGAUCGUCAAUCUGCUGACAGAGGAGGCGCAGCGCUGGCACCAGAACUUCGGGAAGCCCGUGAUCCUCUUCGAGUACGGCGCUGAUACCAUGGAGGGCCUGCACUCACUCCCAGCCUACAUCUGGUCCGAGGACUAUCAGGUGGCACUCUUCUCCCAGCACUUUAAGGCAUUUGACAAGCUGCGAAAACAAAACUGGUUCAUCGGGGAAUUUGUGUGGAAUUUUGCCGACUUCAAGACGGCCCAAACCGUCACCCGCGUGGGGGGCAAUAAGAAGGGCGUCUUCACCCGCUCCCGACAGCCCAAGGAGGUGGCCCAAAUACUGCGCUGGCGCUACUUUGCCCUCGCCAAUGAGCUGGACUGGGUCCCCCUGCCCAAGCAUUUGAGUGUGUACAUUUCCAGCCUAGUCAAUCGGAACGAGCACGAGCGCACUGAGCUGUAGCGCACAAUAUUCAAGGAACAAAGAAAGCUUUAACUUGGCCAACAAUUGCCCAACUGAUUUAAAACUAAUUGCAAUAUAGAUAGGUCUAAUCUAAGUACAUCCCUCUGGACUGUAUCUACAUAGAUCUCGUGUCCAUGCCUUCAUGGCAUGUGUCAUGUUUAUAGCCAAACUUAUCCACAAAUAUACCGACGUAUUAAUA